ACGUCAUGAGUCUGAGCACUAUUGUUGCAGCGACCACCGCGAGCGCGCUCGUGGCUUACCUCGUCUACUUUGACCACCAGCGACGAAACGCUCCCGACUACCGCGAGAAGCUCAUUGCGCGUCGCCGCGAAGAGCGCAAGGCCGCCCGUCGUGCUGCUCAUGCACCAGUGCCCGAUAUGAACGAUCGCGAGGCCCUUCAAGCUUAUUUCGUCGAGCAGAUGCGUCUCGGCGAGGACACCCUCACUGCCGGUAACUUUGGCCAGUGCGUCAAGCACUUUGCAAACGCCAUCCGCGUCUGCCAGCAACCCACUCAGAUGCUUCAAGUCUUCCAGCAGUCGCUGCCUCCGGCCGUCUUCCGCAACUUGAUUUUGGAGCUUGAUCCUAGCUACGGCCAACAAUCCGCCCCUGCCGACCAACUCGAGUAAUGACGCACCAACACAGUUGCAAUGUUUGAUUUGAAUACACCCUGAAACAAAACCCUC